UCUCCACAAACACAAACCAUGAACUCUUUCUCUUACACUAUCUUUUUUGCUGCUGUUAUCGCUCUCGGUUGUUUAACUUCGACCGGAGCUACCACAUGUCAUCCUGAUGAUGAGGCAGGUCUUUUAGCUUUCAAAGCGGGUAUAACCCGAGAUCCUUUGGGCUUGCUCAGCAAUUGGAAGAAAGGAACUAACUGCUGCUCCUGGUUUGGUAUCAUUUGCAUCACCGACGACCGCGUCACUGAACUAAGAAUAUUCGGAGGAGACACGUCUCUUGGCCGAGGCACUCUCUGGGGAACUAUCUCACCAUCGCUGGCCAAACUUGAGCACCUUGAGGCUGUUUCCUUUACCUAUCUCAAGCUCACUGGAUCUUUCCCCCAGUUCCUUUUCAAAUUACCAAAGCUAAACUUAAUUCGCAUUUCAGAUACUCUUCUCUCUGGUCCCAUUCCUGCCAACAUCGGCACACUAAAGAUCGGAGAUCUCACUCUUGAUAAUAGUAGGUUCACCGGUCCAAUCCCGAGCUCGAUAUCGAAUUUGACUCGCUUAACUUGGCUCAGUCUAGGAGGCAACCGCCUCACAGGCACCAUCCCAGAUGUUUUCAAAUCUAUGAAGGAGCUACGAGCUCUCGAUCUCGGUCGCAACAGAUUCUCCGGGACACUUCCUCUGUCGAUUGCUUCCCUCGCACCCACUCUCACGUACCUCGAUCUAAGCCAGAACAAUUUAUCAGGGACCAUCCCUAACUAUUUAUCAAGAUUCAAGGCCCUUUCAACGUUGGAUCUCUCUAGGAAUCAAUUCUCAGGGGUCAUGCCAAUGGGUUUCGCCAAGUUAGCAAGUAUUUUCCAUCUGAGACUCUCUCACAAUCUUCUAACUGGUUCAUUCCCUACCUUAAACCUUACCAGCGGCAUCGGCUCUCUGGAUCUUUCCUACAAUUAUUUUCAUUUGAACACGAUUCCGAAAUGGGUGACUACCUCACCGUCCAUUUACAACUUGAAGUUGGUUAAAUGCGGGAUCAACAUGAGCUUAGACGAUUGGUUGCCAGUGAACAUCAAAUCUUUUUAUUACCUCGAUCUUUCGGAAAACGAGAUCUCAGGGAAUCCAGCGAGGUUUAUAAACCAGGCAGGAGUUUUGGACGAGUUCCAGAUGUCGGGGAACAAACUCCGGUUUGACUUGGGGAAGCUAAAUUUCACAAAGUCGUUGAAAAUCCUAGAUAUAUCAAGGAACUUGGUGUUCGGGAAGGUGCCAGCUUCAUUGGCUGGACUGAAAAAGCUAAACUUGAGUCAAAACCAUCUUUGUGGAAAGCUUCCCUUAACAAAGUUUCCGGCUAGCGCAUUUGCCAACAAUGACUGUCUUUGUGGUUUUCCACUUUCUCCUUGUAAAUCUUAG